GAACACAACCACAAACUGUCAAAGUUUCUGUACGAUCGGCUUCCAGUCAAUCGACGCCUAAAAGAAGGCGAGUUCGGCACAUGCCAGGCCCUGCUGAGAUAUGGAACGCCGUCAUCUGAGAUGCGGCAGCUUGUGGCGGAUGAAUUCGGAAAGAUUCUUACAACCGAGGAUAUACACAACUACCGCCGGAAGUGUCGACCGGCUAUGGUGACACGUGCUAUGGAUGAGGACGAACUUCUCACCCUGUUCCACUCUCCGCAGUUCGACCCGAAUGUGUAUGCAUCUAGCGUUUUUGGAGUUCGUAAAGCUUCGGAGGUCUUGCGUCUGGUAAACGAAAAAAUUCUCAGUCUGGAUGCAUCUAUUUAUCAGCAUGUGGCUAGCCAUCACAAGGAAUUGCUAAAACGGGCCAAGGAUAUCGAUCAGUUGCACGAUGUGCUGCAAACCACAGAGUCGAAAAUCACCAAUCUAUCUCAGUCAUUGACCAAACUGAAACACAAAGUGGCCGCACCCUACAUAGCUCUCCACACUCAAAUCGAGCAAUUUCGUCGACUUCAAAGAAGCUGCGAUUUGCUUCGAAAAAUCUCCAGAGCUGCCCUUCUCACCAAACGCAUUCAGUGUCCCAGCUCCAGGACUGACCGUUUUGCUCGCCCUGCAUCACACUCAGCUGCAGCUUCUGCACGUCCGAGUUCAGUUACAACCCUAAACACUUCGAAGUCUGUUUUCAAACCCCGAAAGCCCGUCUACUUAGCCACUUUCAAUGUUCGCACACUGAAGCAAGCAGGUCAACAGGUGGCCCUUGCGCGUACACUGGAUUCCCUCUGUAUUGAUGUACGUUGUCUGUCAGAAACAAGGACGCAGGACGCAAGUACUGUAAUCGAACUGACUGCCCCCUCGCUCUCUUCCAGGUUCCGACUGCGCCCCUCUGGUGAUGCAGAGGCCGCUGCACCUGGACAUGCUGGGGUGGGUAUUGUAUUGAGCGAACGAGCGGAAGCGUCUCUGGUUGAUUGGAUACCCCUUGACAGUCGCCUCGGUGCGGUUCGUUUGGCAACAUCGCCAUAUGUGGACAAUGAACUAAAUGAUUUCGUGCCAACUUUCCAUUCCGUUAAGGUUUUUCACAACCUGGGUAUGCUUCCUAGCGUCGUAUGCCAGUUGGUUGAGCGGUGGCAAACAGAGUUCGACUCGAUUCUGGCUUCAGCUGUGGACGUGGACAGGCUCACUCAGCGGGUACGCAGUCGACAAGCCGGAAGUCCCGGUGGCCCUGUGGCAGCCGGACCGGGUCGAGCCUCUCUUCCGAACGUUGGUAGUCAGGCCGCUGCAUUCUACGUUGCCAUUUGGACCAGCCUGGAUGGAAUAAUGGAUAAGUUGGAGCGCCUCACCUAUCACUGCCGCUUAUUGGGAGUAACCUUGUUGAAAAAACGCGAGUCUAGCGUUAACUGCUCCACGAUUGUGCGGCUGAGUGAAUCGACUGAACCUCAUCCGAGUUUGGCGGAGUUGCUGCUUCACGAUCUGGUCAUUAAUUGGCAUGGACCAGAUAAAGUGGCCCUGCGCAACACCAUUGUAUUACUGUUCGCUUCGACGAAUGUUGAAACGCUUCAAUUCAAAUCUCGUAUGUCAGCGGAAACCUUGAGCGACGAGGACCAUAUGGUCCCUUGUGAACGUAUUGCCGAACUGGAGGCCCAGUUGCGUGUGAACAAGGGAUUUCUCGGUUGGGCCGCUGGUCGACUAUCUGAACGACUGCUGAAGAUAUCUGAACAAUCGCCGCAAGUGAAGGAAGCGUUGGACUGUGAAUACCCAAAAUUGUUGAAAUUGGUCAUCGAUUUGGGCCGUCGUGUCCGUCAAACGCAACUUCAUGGCAGUUGGAAUGACUCAUCUUGUCCAACUGUUGGUGUAUUCGGGGCGGAUGUCGUUCCAGCCUGCCUGCUGGAAGCAGUCAAACCUUUCGAAACUGCCUAUCUAUCGAAAAGUUUGUCUAGGUUGUUCGACCAAGUCAGUAUGGCCUUCUCGACAAGCCACAGUUCUGUUGGUCUAGACGCACAGGAACUGGAUGGAAUCGUGCAGAGUGCUGGAAACGAGCUUGCUUACGCUACAGUGCAUUACGACCUCCUAUGUAAGGUAUCACGCAAUAUAAGCAAGGUGGUAGCCUUAUUCGCAACAAAAGUGGAGUCCUUGGUCGCUGUCGGUCCAGAUGCCAAUCAGGUCAUGAAUCCACAAACCAUCAGCCAGCAGAACAACAUUAACCUGAUCAACCUUCUGUGUUCAUUUGGCACGCAGCUCGGUUGGACCUGCACCAGGCGGUUGCGUAAUCUCCCCGUAAUGCAAUCGGCCAGAUCCGAACACGGCAGCUCACCUCUGGAGGCCAUCUUCGCCACUUUGGAAACACGUCUGAAUUCUAUGUGCAUCAGUAUAUUCCAACCCUUGCUGCAGUCAAUUAGUGACGUAAUUGAAGAACUGAUGAGCACUAUGCAUGGUGAAGAUUUUGCAUGCUGCCAGGACGAAGAUGUGAAACCAUCAUGCUCAUUGUAUAUGAAGCAAUUACAGGCAAGUGCUGUUUCUGUGGUUCCUUUAACGUCAUCUUCUAGCAAGCAUUUGUUUUUUUCUAUUGCUCUGCGCCAGGAUUUCGUUUCCAGGGCUCGAAAGCAAUAUCUUUCCGGUCUAUCAUUGCCGCCAUCUACGGACCGCGCGCCGUCAUCUGUUCCGAAGGCUGGAUGCUUCUCAUGUGGUGACGUAGCGCUGCAAUCAUCCGUUCUACCGUACAUGACCCGAUGGAUAGACAUGUUCCUGAAUAAUAUUAGUCUUGUUCGCCCAGUGAGUGAAGUUGGACGAAUCCGUUUGGCCGCCGACUGUGUGGAGUUUGAACUAGCUGUGUCCCCUCUCCUGUCGUCCGCCACAGAAGGUGCCCUGGUUUCUUUUGCCCCCGAAGCCUGUAUGAAACUGCGAGCAUUCCGACCGGUCCUCUUGGCCGACUCCGAUCAAAUACUGAGGGCUUAUAUGCAACAAAAAACCGAACCAACUCUGGACAUCAUCCAACUUCCUCCAAGUCUCGUGUGUCAACACCUGUUUAGUCGAGCACCAGACGAGAUUCGCUCGCCUCAUGAUACUGCCGGUUGGUCGACCACACGAUAUAUUUCCUGGGUGUUAGCUCGAUCAGAUGAAUCGGAGAGAUUAACUUUUCUGCGCAACGGACUGGCUGCCUAUGCACAUGAGGUGCAAAUACGACAACAGCGACAGUAUCCGGCAAUGUAUCUCGUUUUGAGAGAUUUCUUACAACAUUUUGCCAACCAGCCAUUAAAGGCUGAUGUGAUUCGCAAGUCGGACGGUCUCGCACUACAACCGCCGGAAAUCGCUUGUACAUGAAAAACGUGAGGCGUUUUUCCCGUUUGACACUACCCUCAUUCUGUGAUAACUCAAAUUUUACCCCCAGUCUAACUUAUUACACCCCGGUGUGUAUGGCACAAUUUCGAUAAAUUUGUUUACAAUCGCCUCUCUUUUCUCAUGCCUCCCGCCUUUUGUAUCAAAAGUUUGAAACCGAUUUCACCGCUAUCGUGUUUGCGUUCUUGGCAAUUGCAGUCCAAUUCGAUCUCAGUUGCUACCUAUAUUGUAUCUACAAGCAAGUUCUUGGUAUCUGAACUGCUAUCAGGAUAUCUUCGUCUACUUAAGGCUUGUGUCACCAAAUGUGGCUGUGUGGACUCACUUCACUACAUCGAUCCACCUGUUUUGCGAAUCACACUCAUUUACAAACCAACAUGAUGGUAAUGCGAGACUCAGCUGAAUCCCCCGCUCAAUCUCUCUUUCAUUGUAUCCUUCAGCUAAAUGUGCUCCACAAAGGUUGCAUCAUGUUUCACUUUGCACGCUCCUCCUGAUAUCGAAGUUUAUUUCCUUUUGAUUUUCAGAUUAAGAUGAUAAAAAAUACCGUAAACGAGAGAUUCAGUUGGGAUUCAUUUGAUUCUCUUGGCAAAAUUUAAUUGGUGUGCAAAUGAUCGUAUUUCGCUAAUUGCUUACAAUUUGGUAUACAAGGUUGGCGGAUGCUCG